UCUGGAGGGACAGCUGUACCAAUGGAAAGCAGAACCGUGAGAUUCAUUGAUAACUUCAGCACUGGUACCAGAGGUGCUGCAUCCACAGAGUAUGAUACUUUCUAGCAGCAGGGUAUGCUGUCAUCUUCCUGCAUCGGGCAAAGUCAGCCAAGCCCUUUGUCAGGCAUUUCCCAGAAGAGAAACUCCUUGAUCUUUUUGUAAUGCCAGAUGAGACCAAGUCAAGUUCAAGUGCAAUAACAGUAAAACCAAAUGAGUCCACUAGACUUGCCAGGGUGCUACGAGCCUACCAUUCAGCAUCCUCCUCCAACAGUCUUCUCUCCAUCCCAUUCUUCUCUCUUCAAGACUACCUCUACUUCCUGAAAAGCAUCUCCGACGUCUUGGGUCAGUUGGAACAGAAGAGCAUGUUCCUCCUGGCAGCAGCGGUCUCAGACUUCUACAUACCCAGGGCUGAAAUGCCUGAACACAAGAUGCAGUCAUCAGAGGGUCCUCCAGAGGUCAAACUAAGCUCUGUCCCAAAGAUGCUUCCAGUUCUUAUCCACCAGUGGGCUCCAGAAGCGUUCAUCGUCUCUUUCAAGCUGGAGACGGAUCCCAAGCUUCUACUCCUCAAAUCCAGAAAGGCUCUUGAUACAUACCAGCAUCAGGUAGUAGUUGCCAACAUUCUGGAGGAGAGACGGAGGAAGGUCACCGUUAUCACUGCAGACUCGGAGACAGAGCUGGAGCUCUCUGAAGAACAGAUGAAGGAUGGCAAGGAGCUGGAAGACGUUUUAGUCCAAGAUCUGGUAGCCAAACAUGGAGCUUUCAUUCAAAGUGCUCAAGGAAGGUGAUGAUGAUACUGGUGAUGAUGUCCUCUAUGAGUAGGGAGGAGAUGAUGAGGAUGAUGAAGAGGAGGAGGAUCAAGAGGAUCAAGACGUUAGCUUGGGGCGGACUGAGACCGAAAUUCAGUUUGGGAAUGUUGAUGUGAGCGGCCCACUCAACCUAUAAGAUACAUCAACGGGUGCCCUUGAAUGAGAAGUCGGUCAUCUCUCAAUUUAAAAUAUCAAGUGGCCCAUGGGAAAUACUCCCAAAACUCUCCAAGCUCCCCAUGGUCAGUCUACCCCUGAUGAUAGAGGUGAAAAUGGUGGUGAUUCAAGCAUUCAAGUUCUCUUCAAAGUACUCUUCCAUCUGGUAUUCUUUCUUAAACCUAUAUUCCUUAUCCAUUCUUCAGCCAUCCA